AUGUCGGCCCAAAAUGCAAUGAGGAGCAAUAAAACAGCCAUUCAUGAGUUUCUGUCUGGAGACUCCGGGCUAAUUCUCAACAAAGAUUAUGAGAAUAACCUGACCACUCAGUGGGACUACGAGAAUCUUAAACGCAUCAACAACAUAAACAUGGAGACACACGUCAUUGAGCUUGUGGAUAAGAUCAUGAAUAAAGGAGAAGAUAAAUGCAAAGACUUCCUGAACCUCCUGCAAACCGAUGGCGCCAUUAAAGAAACUUUCCCUCUGCUGGCGAGUUUACAGCUGAGUUGUACCCCCCUUUUAUCCGAGCCUGUCCAAGUGUCUUCAUGUCAGCACGAUGGGAAUAUGUCACAGGAUGUUUAUCAAAUCAUUAGCCGGCCCGUCGGCCUCUGCGUGAUCAUAAACAAUAACAACUUCAAGGAUGGUUCACAGAGAAGAGGGACACAUAAAGACGCCCAAAGCUUGGCAGAGGUGUUCAGCUGGCUGGGCUUCAGAGUGCUGAUGUGUGAAGACCUGAACAAGGAUCAGAUGGAUCAGGCACUGACGUUUGUUCCUUCCCUGGCAGACAUGUCUCAGCUGCAGAAGUUCAACUUUAAAGAGUGGGAUGGCAGCAGCUUUGUUGAUCCUCAGCAGGUCCUUGAGCACGGUGAUGCUUUCAUCUGCUCUAUUCUGAGUCACGGAAAAAAGGGUGUAGUUUUGGGAACUGACAGGAAACCCCUCCCCAUUAAAAAAAUUACCCGAAAGUUCAGGGGGUGUGACCAGUCAGUCCUCACCGGUAAGCCCAAAGUGUUCCUGAUCCAGGCCUGCCAAGGAAGUAACAUACAGCGUGGAGCGCAGCUGAUGGAGACUGAUGAUGAUACUUCACCAUCGACCAUCCCUGAGGAAGCUGAUGUUCUGGUUGCCAUGGCCACUGUUGAAGAUCAUGCUGCAAAUAGACAGACAGUCGAUGGAAGCUGGUUCGUUCAGUCUCUUUGUGAGCAGCUGAAGGAAUUUGGUGGUGAAUAG